AUGUCGGAGAGCGACGCUGAGCGCUCGGAAGGUGGACAAUCGCGUGGCGAGCCACGGCCGAAGCGUCCUCGUGCUGGUCCAAAGCGCACCAGCGUGGACACUCGUGGAGUUUCAGCUGGCACCGGGUCUGUUUGCAAGCUUUUCGUGAGAAAGGCGCCGUGCAAUUUCGCGGACCCGUGGCGGAAGCACAGCCAGCAAUCCUCCACCGGAACCGGCUUUUUGCUGGAGAAUAGGUGGGUGGUCACCAACGCGCACGUGGUGCACCGUGCGGUCUCGGUGCUCGUGCGGCCCACCACGGGAAAUCCGGUGAAGUACAACGCCAGGGUGGUUGCUGUGGGCUUACCUUGUGAUCUGGCGGUGCUGCAGGUGGACGAGGCCUUCUGGAAGAACAAGGAGUCCCUGAACCUCUCCCGUGACAUCCCGAAGCUGGACGACAACGUCACGUGCAUUGGUUUCCCGGUGGGCGGGGAGAACAUCUCCGUGACGCGUGGCGUGGUCUCGCGCAUCGAUGUGAAUAUCGAUGGUUUGAUGCGCAUCCAAAUCGAUGCCGCCAUCAACCCAGGCAACUCGGGAGGCCCCGUCUUGGGUGCUCAUGGCUUGGUCGUGGGCAUGGCCUCGAGCAUUCUGAAGAACGCCUCUAAUAUUGGCUACAUCAUCCCCUCUCAGGUGUUGGAGCAAUUCAUCUCCUGUAUAGAAACGGCCGACGAUGGAGCUGUCAGGAGCUGCUACUUGGGCACCUCCUCCCUGGGCAUCGGCCGUGUUCAGACGCUCGAGAGCCCCGCGCUGCGCCGCCGGCUGAAGCUUCCGGAGGGCUGCACCACCGGCGUGCGGCUGUGCCGGGUGUUCCCUUUGGGAUCCUCUGCCCAAGUCAUGCAGGAGGAUGAUGUCUUGCUGGAGAUCGACGGAGUGGAGAUUAGCCAGGAUGCCACCGUGCCCUUGCGCGACAAUGAGCGCAUCCACUUCGGUCAUCUCGUCACCAAGCACAUCGCAGGCCGCGAGAAGGUGAAGGUGAAGCUGUGGCGAGAUUCAGCGCCGCAGGAGGUGGAGAUCUCUUUGAAGCCCGAUCGCUGGCUGGUACCCCGCAUCGAUGGCUAUGACGCCGCCGCGGAAUAUGCCAUCAUCGGUGGCCUGGUCUUCAUCCCCUUGAGCCACCCAUGGGCCGAGCUCAAGAGCCCCAGCCUUGGCACCUUUGCCCCGUGCCAUUCCACGCGCACCGGCGGUGAACCACACCGGGCAGAAGUGAAGGGUUUGGAGCGGUGA